UAUGAAAAAGUUGAGGAACAUUUAACGUUUAAUUUAAAAAAAGAAUUAAAUAAAACUUUAACAAAAGAUGAUAAAUUUGAGAGAAAAAUAUGGGAAAGAACUAUGGAUAUGGCUAGGAGACGGUUAAAUUUAAAUAAAUAUUUAAAAGAGAUGGCUGAAAAAGUAGAAAAUUUUAAUAAAAAUUUGAAAAAAAUUAUUAAAAAAUUGGACAAUCAAAAUUUGUUGUUGAAAGAAAUUAAAAAAUUAAAAAAAUUGGAAGAAAUUAAAGCAAAAGUACAAGAAGAAGACAAAGCUUAUCGUGAGCGCUUUAUUUCAAAAAUUGAAUUUCUUGAUAAAAAUUGGAACUAUUUGGUUAGUGGAUAUGCAGACAUCGGCCAUUUAUUCAUUGGUUAUUGUUUAGCAAAACGUUUCCAAUUUAUUUUUAACAAUGAGGGACAGGCAAAAACAAAAUUUUAUAAAGAAACAAAAUCCCAUUUAUUUAAAUAUGCAAGUAAAAUUAAUAAAAUUUUGGGAAACAGAAGAGUAGAUUUGGAAUAUUAUAAAAAUUUAGAAGAAAAUUUUAAAGAAAAAAUUAUUUUAAAAAUUGGAAAGGAAGGAGAAGGGUCUUCAAAAACAGUGGAAGAUUUACAUUCAUUUUUGGAUAAUGAUUGGGGAAAUAUAUGUGCUAUUGAUAGAGGACAUCCACAAUUUGAAAAGACUGAGGAAUGGGCACUUCAACAUUUAAAAACUGUACAAGAAGACGAUUUCCAUCUUGCUGAUAUGGAAUUCAUGGAGGUUGAACCUAUUGAUUUUAAGCAAAUGGAGUUUGAUACCAAUGAAUGGGCUGAAUUUAAAAAAGGAGCAUUGGAUUGUUUACAAAUUCAUCGUUUAACAUUCACUGAAGCACACACAUUUAUUGUUUGUUUAAAUGAAAUAUUGCAUAAAAUAUCAAAAGAUGGACACGAAGUCUCACGGGGGGCGGUUGAAGAGAUUUCUUUUGUAGGAGAAAUUGAAACAAGCAAAAUAAAUGACAAGGAAUUAAGCAAAUAUUUAAAGGAAAUUGAAAGUAUUUAUUGGCAAUCCAAAGAAGAAAUUAAAAAUUUGCAAGAAUAUCAAAAUGACCACCAAAAAAUAAUUCUAAAAAAAGAAUUAGCUCGAAUAGAAACAGAAAUUGAAUUAAAAGAAAAAUUAAAAGAAUUUGAAUUAUCUACAUAUAUUUUGAAAUUUGUUGUUUUAAAAUUUUAUAAAAAUAAUUUAAUUGAAGAAAAUGAAGAAAAAAUUGUGGAAAUAAAUUCAAAAAAUAAAAAAAAUAUAAAAAAAUUAAUUGAAAAUUUAAAAAAUAAAUUUGGUAAUUACGAGGAAAUUGGAAAGUUAAUUAAAAAUCUGGAAAAAGUAAAAAUUUCUAAAAAUAAAGAUUUGAAAGAAUUUUUAAAUAAAGUAAUUGAAAUUGAAGAAAAAAUAAAAGAAAAGUUUAAAAAAUUGGAAAAUACGGGAAAAUAUGAUUUAAAUAAAAUAAAAAAUAAUGAAAUAAAUAAAAAAUUGGAAAAAGAUGAGAAAGAAUAUAUUGAAAGAUUAAAAAAUAAAUUAAUAUUUUUAGUUAAAAAUUUUGAAAAAUUAACAAAAAAUAUUAAAUUAGAAAUUGGAGAAAGUAGUCAAAAACAAAAACAGGAAAUAAUUGAAAAAGGAGAAGGAGAAAUUACUUCUGAAAGGACAUCGACUUCACAAAGUGAUGGACAAAUAAAUAUUUCAAAUCUAAUAGCCAUUGGUUAUUGUUUAACAAAUAAAUUUUUGGAAAUAUUUAAUGAAGAUGGAGUUGUUAAUAUGGAUAUUUUAUUACAAAAUAUUUCAAAUACAAAUUUGAUAGAAUAUGGACUGAAAAUGAAUGAAAAAUUGGGAAAGAAAAGAGUUGAUAAAAUGUAUUAUCGGGAAAUAAUUAAUUUUUAUAAGAAUUUUAUAAAUAUUAAUUUAAAAAAUCAUUUGGAGAAUAAUUGGAAUAAUUAUUGUUAUAUUGAAAAAAAUGUGGAAUUUGAGAGGCCUGAGGAAUGGGCAGUCCAUUAUAGUAAUGAAAUUGGCAUGCAAAAUGAUGGUUUUCGAUUGGAAUAUAUUGGACAACUUGAUAAUUUUGAUAUUAAUAAAGAAGAAUAUAAAUUAACUUUAAAACAAAAAGAAAAUAUUUUCGAAGCACUAACGAGAAAUUCAAAUCUUCACAAAGUCACUUUCUUUGAAGCUGAUAAUAUUCUUAAUAUAAUUAUUUCCAAAAAUAAUUUAGAGGAGCAACCACAAACAGAAACACGUCAACAAACACAGGGUCAAUCAAAAGAUGAAAUACAAACAGAAUUUGUUGAAAAUAUUACUCAAACAUCUUCUUCUUCUGUUGAUAAAGAACAGAAUAUUUACAAAAGAAUUAAAUUUGAAUUGGAUAAGGUUAUUUUAUUAAGUAUAUUUAAUUUUUAUUUAUGA